AUGUCGGCCGCAAAGCAAAAGGCGCAGCAGAUCAUCGAGCAGAACCCGGCCGUGGUGUUCAGCAAGUCGUACUGCCCGUACUGCCGCGCCACCAAGAGCCUGCUGAAUGAGAAACAUGCAAAGUAUUACUUGUUGGAGUUGGACGAAGUUGAGGACGGUGCAGCCAUCCAAGACGCACUGGAAGAAAUCACCGGCCAGCGCAGCGUGCCCAACAUCUUCAUUGGCCAAAAGCACAUUGGCGGGAACUCGGACCUGCAGUCCCGAAAGGGCGAGUUGGAUUCGUUGUUGAAGAGUGCUGGUGCGGUUUAA